UUGCUGCAGGAGGAGGCGGCGUGGAGAUGGCGUCCGCUACCGACUCCCGCUAUGGGCAGAAGGAAUCCUCGGACCAGAACUUCGAUUACAUGUUCAAAAUCCUCAUCAUCGGCAACAGCAGCGUGGGGAAAACCUCCUUCCUCUUCCGGUACGCUGACGACUCCUUCACACCGGCCUUCGUCAGCACCGUCGGCAUCGACUUCAAGGUCAAGACCAUCUACCGGAACGACAAGCGCAUCAAGCUGCAGAUCUGGGACACAGCCGGCCAGGAGCGGUACCGCACCAUCACCACCGCCUACUACCGCGGUGCCAUGGGCUUCAUCCUGAUGUACGACAUCACCAACGAGGAGUCCUUCAACGCCGUGCAGGACUGGUCCACCCAGAUCAAAACCUACUCGUGGGACAACGCCCAGGUCCUGCUAGUGGGGAAUAAAUGUGACAUGGAGGAUGAGCGCGUCGUCUCCUCGGAGAAGGGCCGCCAGCUCGCCGAGCACUUGGGCUUUGAGUUCUUCGAGGCCAGCGCCAAGGACAACAUCAACGUGAAGCAGACCUUCGAGCGCCUGGUGGACAUCAUCUGCGAGAAGAUGUCGGAGUCGCUGGACACGGCCGACCCGGCGGUCACCGGCGCCAAGCAGGGCCCCCAGCUCACGGACCAGCAGGCCCCCCCGCACCAGGACUGUGCCUGCUAGGACCAAGCCCCCCCCCCCCCCCCCCCCAACACCCCUCAAUACUGGUCAGUGCACCCCUCUCCUCCCCCUGAGCCCCUCUUCUUGGGGGGGGUCCCACGGGGGCUUUUGCUGCUGAUACCUCCGAAAGGGCUGCAGCCCCUCUAGGAGCCCCCCCUUCAGUUAGGCUCUGCCCCCUCCAAUCCCCUUAAUUUAUUUUUAAGCCUGGGCUGGUAGACACCCCCCCCCCUUGUUCUGCUUUUAAUCACUCCAAACCCCCCUUUUCCCUGAGGAAUACUAUUUUCUCUGCUCACCCCCCAUCCCAUCCCUCCCUUGGGAGCAGGGAUGCACCCCCUGCCCUUGUGGGGAGCUGCAGUGGGACCCCCCCCCCCAAACCUCAGAUCCCCGCUGGGCCUCCCCAUGUCCCCAUCCCCAGCCUGGCCUGCCCAAAGAGCUCCUUGGGGGGGGGGUCUCUUUGUGCCCGGCUCUUCCCCCCCCCAAGAUGGAUGGAUACUUCCUAUCUCUUGUUUAUUUGUAUAAAUAGAUGCUAAUUUAUGCUCCCGCCGUCUUCCUCCUUGUACAUAAAGAAGAACCCCUUGUAAAUAGGUGUAGAAGUGACGCUGUGCGUGACCUGCUGUGCUGUGGCCGUGUUGGUGCAUCCAGGUUUUCUUUCUCUCUGUGGUAACCUUGCUUGUGAAUAUCUUUGCAAGAGAAAUCUUCUUUAAAGGUACCCCCAAAACCCACCCAGAUGCAUCCCCGAGAGCUCGGCCGAGCAGCCUGCAGCAAGUUAGCCCUGCUUUGGGGAUGGGGACCUUGGUACAACCCCGGCUUUGCCUCCAUGGGGACCAUUGUGUUGCUGAUUUGCUACGGGGCGUUCGGCUCCUCCUGUGUUCCUGUAGUACCGUGCUUCUGUGGAGACUGUGCCCACGUGGAUGUUCCUGUAGCAAACCUGGACCUGGAGGUCUUGCUUCCCUCUUAUUUAUUUUUCUUGGAGUUCUGUGUUUUUAAUUUCCAGGUUCCCCCCCCCCCCCCCCUUUUUCCCUGACUGCAAAUCCCACCUCCCUUCCCCUUCCCCUUUCCUAUUUUUUUGGUGAAGUUUACUUAUGGAAGAGUUAACUCUGUACUGUACAAAUGUCAAAAGUGUCAAAAAAAACAAACAAAAAAAAAAAAAGAAAAAAAGACAAAUUUCCUAAAAAUCACUGUAUUCCAGAAAUGGUGUGAAGAAAUAAAUCACUGCUGAUCA